AAACUAGAAACGAUGAUGGAUGAUUUUUGCCACAAACUGAAUGAUCAGGUGACAAUACCUCUGACAGCUUACAUGAAUCAGUUUCCCGAUGUUCGGGCAAAAAUUUCAAAGCGAGGAAGAAAGAUGGUUGAUUAUGACAGCGCCAGACAUCACUUAGAAACACUGUUAAAUGUUGGCAAGAAGAGAGAUGAGGUUAAAAUUACAAAGGCAAAGGAACAGUUAGAUGAAUCCAAAUCAUUAUAUGAAUCUCUUAACAAGGAACUCCACGAAGAACUUCCAGCUUUGUAUGACAGCCGUAUUGCAUUUUUGGUAUCAAAUCUACAGACUUACUUCCAUGCCGAAUCAGUUUUCCAUACAGAAAGUGCUCAAGUAUUUACCAACCUAAGUAGUUUAAUGGAGGAACUUGCAGAAGAAAACCAGAAAGGUGGCUAUUCAUCUAGACAGCCUGAGCUCGAAGCUCUUUCAUUAAAAGACUCAUCAGAUGCAAGACAUGAAACAAGUACAUUAGAAAGGAAUGACCAUGCUGUCACAAAUGGAGAAACUGAGGUGCCAACUACUCCUGUCAAGUCAGGAUUCAAUGAUUCUGCAAAAGAAGAAGCAACCGAUCAUCCCACCUCUCCUUCAACAGACUCGAACAAAUCUCUGACUGAUCACGCUGAUGCUGAGAAAAGUUUAAAAACAGAAAAAUUAGAGGAAGAGAUCCAUAAUGACAAUGUGCCACUGAAGGCUCUGAAUACAGAGGAUUAUGUGGAAAUUCCACCAGGGGCAACAACAAAUAAUCUUCCUCCUGGGGUUUAUUAUAGGGUACAAGCCACAUAUAAGUAUACCGCUGAAGAUGUAGAUGAGCUUUCAUUUGAAUCAAAUGACAUCAUCAAUGUUGUUGCUUAUGACGAUCCUGAAGAACAAGAAGAAGGCUGGCUUAUGGGGAUCAAAGAAUCCACACAGGAGAAAGGAAUCUUUCCUGCCAACUUCACACGACCAAUCUGAUAGGUUUCUAGCAGAAACAAGAGAAUCUCCUUCUUAAGAUUAACUACCUUCUUAGCUCUAGCACGAUUUGUUACUAGAUGUUUCCUAGUUAAUUACUUAGAAUAUAUUAAUUCUUGAAUUGUUUGUGAGAAUCCUGAAAGAUCUGUCUUUGUCGUUACUGUCAAUCUUACAUAUUCACUUUGAUUAUUUAUAAGUUAAGGCUUAGUUAUUUGUUCUGAAUUUACAUUUUAACAUUACUUGUGAAUUGUUUUUUUAUAUUAUUAUCAUGGAGCCUGCAUUUGAUCCAGGAAGUGAACUACAAACCAACUACACAGAAGGCCCACAUGGUGUAAGAAAAUAUAAAGUUUGUGUAUUGUUUGUUUUCAUAGAUCUUGGUUUACUUUAGGAACGUUCUUUGUUAAACAUGCCCUAGCUGCUUUGUCACAGGUAGUACCCUGUGUUAAAUCAUGCUGUAGCUCUUUUGUUGAAGGUAGUACCCUAUGUUAAACAUGCCGUAGCUGCUUUGUCACAGGUAGUACCCUAUGUUAAACAUGCCGUAGCUCUUUUGUUGCAGGUAGUACCCUGUGUUAAUCAUGCUGUAGCUCUUUUGUUGCAGGUAGUACCCUGUGUUAAACAUGUUGUAACUGCUUUGUCACAGGUAGUACCCUAUGUUAAACAUGCCGUAGCUCUUUUGUUGCAGGUAGUACCCUGUGUUAAUCAUGCUGUAGCUCUUUUGUUGCAGGUAGUACCCUGUGUUAAACAUGUUGUAACUGCUUUGUCACAGGUAGUACCCUAUGUUAAACAUGCCGUAGCUCCUUUGUCACAGGUAGUACCCUUGUGUUAAUCAUGCUGUAGCUCUUUUGUUGCAGGUAGUACCCUGUGUUAAACAUGCUGUAGCUCCUUUGUCAUGGGUAGCUAUCCCGUGUUAAACAUGCUGUAGCUCCUUUGUCACGGGUAGCUAUCCCGUGUUAAACAUGUUGUAACUGCUUUGUCACGGGUAGCUACCCCGUGUUAAACAUGUUGUAACUGCUUUGUCACGGGUAGCUACCCCGUGUUAAACAUGUUGUAACUGCUUUGUCAUGGGUAGCUAUCCCGUGUUAUACAUGUUGUAACUGCUUUGUCACGGGUAGCUAUCCCGUGUUAAACAUGUUGUAACUGCUUUGUCACAAGUAGUACCCUGUGUUAAACAUGCUGUAGCUCCUUUGUCACGGGUAGCUAUCCCGUGUUAAACAUGCUGUAGCUCCUUUGUCACGGGUAGCUAUCCCGUGUUAAACAUGCUGUAGCUCCUUUGUCACGGGUAGCUACCCCGUGUUAAACAUGCUGUAGCUCCUUUGUCACGGGUAGCUACCCCGUGUUAAACAUGUUGUAACUGCUUUGUCACAGGUAGCUACCCUGUGUUAAACAUGCUGUAACUGCUUUGUCACAGUAGCUACCCCGUGUUAAACAUGUUGUAACUCCUUUGUCACGGGUAGCUACCUUAAAGUUUACUGUGUAACUAUUAUGACAGUAGAAUGUUUUGUAAAACACGUAAAGAACAUUGUGAUAUAUCAGAUUUGUUUUGAAGUAAAUGUAAACGAACGAUUAUUUCUCACCCAGUAACUAAGAGUUGAAAGAAGUGUUUUAUGUGCCAGAGAUCGUGAUUUUUUUUUCAUAUCAAAAACCUUUGUAUGUGAACAACCAGAACUAUAUUGAGGUCUAAAAAAUGAAACUACCAACAUGUGUAUUUGGUACAUCUAUAGCCGCUGUAAAACAGAAUAUUCCUGUUUAAUACUCAAAUUGAUUGAAUAAAUCUCCAGAGAAUUUGGAUAAUACUGUAAACAUGCUGGUAUAAAUUUAAAAAAAAAAAAUUUCUUUCUUAAAUUAAAUUGGAAAUUAUAGUGAAACAGAGCUUGUGUAAGAAUAAAAAUAUUUAUGGUCUGUUUCUAUCAAGUGGCCAAUAAAGUUUAUAUAUCAGGAGUAUGAAUAGGAUGGAAAAAAUUGAAAGCUUUGCUCUUUAUUUCUGUGAAAUAAAACUUUUGUUCUCCAAGAUGUACUUAAUGUUGUUUCUAAAGGCUGAUAUUUAAAGUUUCUUGUUCAGACUUAGUAUGGGUGGGGGCUAGGAUGUUACGCUCAUAUUAAUUUUUUUUUUUUUUUAAAUUGUAGCAGGUGUAAAUAUUCAUUGCAAUUUAAAAUAAUCAUAAUUAUAUGCACGUUAAAAUUGUAUAAAAUAUAAAUUCAGUAGUGCCUGAUAUGAAACUUAAGAGCUCAGAUGUAAUACAGGAAGGUAUGUAUUACUGUAGCUAUAUAUAUAUAUUUUUAUCAAACAGAUAUGUAUAUUUUUGAUGUCUUAGGUCUAUGUUGAUAUUGAAAACUGUAAGCAAACGUUGUAUGUUCACGGUCUGGGGGAACUCCGGUGCAAAGUCCAUGUCACGUUCUACUCGAUUAGGCUUAUUAAAUAAAAACUUCAUAUCUGCAUUAAUGGUGAUUGAGCACACUAAAACUGUACAUCUCUUAAAAAAACAUUGUUCUAUAGCCAGAUAGGAUGACUCGUACCUACUUGGUACACGUCUUUGGAUACUCUUAUCCUGGUAUUGGCAUUGCUAGGUUAUUUUUGCUAUGUACUUUUAAGUUUGUUGUUUUAAAGUAACAAACAUUUAGUGCUGUGAAUAUUUCAAAAAAAGGACAAGUAAAUGUGUGAUUUGUAAAAUAUAUGUAUUUGUGAUAAUCAUUGCUCAAAAAAGAUAAAUACUUGGGUAUAUAAAUUUGAAAUAUACGAGGAAUAAUUUAAAUUCGUUAUUAGUCUUAAUAACAAAAAAUAAAAGCUCGAUCCUUUGAUAGAUUAAAGAAUCAAUGUUUCUCACCAGAGUAAUGAUGCAUGUACACACUCCUGGAUCGAGUCCAGUUUUUAUUUGAAAUAAAUUAUGGAAUUACACUGUAGUAAAAAUUGUUAGCUUUAAUGGAUGCCACAAAUGAUGUAGCACAGAAACUGUUAAUUGCAGGGAAUUGCAUGUUUCUGUUUAUCAUGUCAAGACUGUCUCAGUAUGUCAUAAUUAUUGUUUUUACUUGCUGUUUAAAUACUCCAUACCUUGUGCUUAUUUGUAUAAAAUACUUGGUGGUAAGGGGUUUUUCAUGCAAUAAUGAUAAAUGUUAUGUUUUACUUUUGUGCUAUUUAAAGCAUAGACUUUAUUGUGUUUACGUUGCUCGUGUAACCCAUUGUAGUGAGCAUGUGUCACAGGUUUGAAAUAUCAAACAGUAAUUUUCAAGUUAGGAUUGUGUACAUAUUUUGUUGUCAUUAACAUUCCUCAGGUGUGGUUUUCUUUUUGUAACCUGAGUCAUUACUGGGACUGAUUUAUUCUUAAGUAUUGGAACUAAUGUUUAUUUAGCGAAAACUUGCGAGUUAGGUAGGACAAAUAACAAAGUACGUUUAGAGAAGGUCUUUAGUUAAUGCUAGUUGUCUGAACCAAGUAUAAACACCUGAUUGGUAAGUGUGGGCUUCUUGUUUUUAUGAGUUUUACUAUAUUCUGAGUGUGGUUUUGUUUAAUAUUGCUUAAAAAAUAAAAAACAUUAUAUUAUUU